CAAUAACCUUUCAAGAUGGCGAAAAGCAAGGUGGAUAUGAGCUCUCUGAACGGACCUUUAGAUGAGCUUGCAGCACGAAAUACACACAAACUUGCUAUUACAAGGGAUUACAUUUCACAACCAAGGCUAACCUACAAAACAGUAUCUGGUGUCAACGGGCCCCUGGUUAUAUUGGAUGAUGUAAAGUUUCCAAAAUUCGCUGAAAUUGUCCAGUUGACACUUGCUGAUGGAACACAAAGGAGCGGUCAAGUGCUGGAGGUCAGCGGCUCAAAGGCUGUUGUCCAGGUGUUUGAGGGGACACAUGGCAUUGAUGCAAAGCACACCACCUGUGAAUUUACAGGAGACAUUCUCAGAAUGGCGGUGUCGGAGGACAUGUUGGGCCGAGUAUUCAACGGAUCUGGUAGACCCAUCGAUAAGGGACCCCCCGUAGUGGCAGAAGAUUUCCUUGAUAUCCAAGGCCAGCCUAUCAACCCCUGGGCUCGUAUAUAUCCCGAAGAGAUGAUUCAGACUGGUAUAUCCGCCAUUGAUGGUAUGAACAGUAUCGCUCGUGGACAGAAAAUUCCCAUCUUCUCAGCUGCUGGUCUACCACAUAAUGAAAUUGCUGCCCAGAUUUGUCGUCAAGGCGGUCUAGUCAAGCUGCCGGGCAAGAGUGUAUUGGACGAUCACGAUGACAACUUCGCUAUUGUGUUUGCCGCCAUGGGUGUGAACAUGGAGGCUGCCCGUUUCUUUAAACAGGACUUUGAAGAGAACGGAUCCAUGGAGAAUGUGUGUCUGUUCCUCAACUUGGCUAACGAUCCCACGAUAGAGCGUAUUAUCACACCACGUAUAGCUCUCACAGCCGCAGAGUUCAUGGCAUACCAGUGUGAGAAACACGUCCUUGUAAUCCUGACUGACAUGAGUUCCUAUGCCGACGCUCUCAGAGAAGUGUCAGCGGCCAGAGAGGAAGUACCGGGUCGUCGUGGUUUCCCAGGUUACAUGUACACCGAUUUAGCCACCAUCUACGAACGUGCCGGACGAGUAGAAGGCAGGAACGGCUCCAUCACACAAAUCCCCAUCCUUACCAUGCCAAACGAUGACAUCACUCAUCCCAUUCCUGAUUUGACUGGUUACAUUACGGAGGGACAAAUUUAUGUGGAUCGACAGCUUCAUAAUCGACAGAUCUUCCCACCUAUCAACGUGCUGCCAUCAUUGUCGAGAUUGAUGAAGUCUGCUAUCGGUGAAGGAAUGACAAGAGAAGACCACUCUGAUGUAUCCAAUCAGCUGUAUGCCUGCUACGCCAUCGGUAAAGACGUCCAGGCCAUGAAGGCUGUCGUAGGAGAGGAAGCCCUCACACCCGACGAUUUACUCUACCUAGAAUUCCUUACGAAGUUUGAGAAGAAUUUCAUCGCUCAAGGCCACUACGAGAAUAGAACAAUUUUUGAGACAUUAGAUAUUGGAUGGCAGCUGCUGCGAAUUUUCCCCAAGGAGAUGUUGAAACGAAUUCCAAUGAGCCAACUGGCCAAGUAUUACCCACGUGAUGCCCAUAAGCAGCAACAACAAAAAGCGGCCGCUUCAGCGGCAGCGGAUCAGCAUAGCACGCAACUAUAGAAGCGUAACCAUAGGCGAUAUCACCCAUUGUUACUAGACGUCUCUCCGCAGUCUCUCAUCAGCUGCUAACAUUCCACGUUUACCCCCUUAGUUCUGGUAAUGUGUUCUUGAAUGUGAUGCAAACCUUGCAAAAAAAAAAUUCUAUUACUUUAAACAGACUCCCCUCAGAAGAUGGUGAUUGUGUGGUAUUUCUAGACAAUUAUACAGACCUUGAGAAUUACAGAUGUGGAGUUUAUAAACUUAUAUAGGUGAUGUUAGGAAGCUUAAUUCCUCGUAAGAAAACCUUCUUGAUUAGAAAAUAAUGUCUUUUUGCAUUUAGAAGAUUUAUGAAUAGAUAGAUGUGAUGUACCCUCUGUACUACACAUAUAUUGUUGUAUAUUGGUGUCAAACUGUCAGUUCAUUGUAUUCUCACUUAACAGGGAAAAUGGCAUUAAAGUUUGUUGUCUUUGGAGGUUGUAAAAAAAUAAUUGGUCAUCGAAAUCUACAAUCUAUCUAAUAAACAUUGUUUUGUACAAUUAAUUAUUACAAAUGUAAUUUCUAUUAUCCAUUUAGUAUAUAAAACAUUGUACAAUGAUGUUCCAAUGUCCCGCCUAAAUUCAUGCUGUAGCUACAUUGUCUGUUUGCUGUAGGGAUCGCUCCAUACCAAGAUCAUCAUAAAAAAUGUAUUUUACUUAAGCAAUUAAAAAACAGAAGGAAUUUUUGUUUUUAGAUAUUGAUUUUUUUUUACAUUUUUUGACAAUCAUAGGCUUUCCAGAGGGAAAAUAAGCCAUACUGUGGAUGUUCUGGACAAUUUUCUUUUAAUGUUAACUUGGAGAGGGACCAAUCUCGAGCUGUUGGCUAGGGAAAAGUUUCAGGACAUUAUAGAUUGGGUUUUCAGGCUUUGGAUACUAAAAACUGAAAUGACUAUUUUAACAUUUCAGCUUGUCACUAGAUUUUAAAGGUAUUCCUUUUUCAAUAUUAAAUUUAACAAUUAAAUAUUUCUUGUGUAAAAUACCAGUCCAAAAACAUUUUUUCCAUGCUGAGCAUUGAACACAAUCCCAAGUUGCAGGUAUUUUUUUUGUUUUGUUUUUUUGUGCUUGAAAACUUGUUUGGCUCUUUUAAAAUAUUACACUUUUGGGGAGAGGGGAUUAAUGUUCGUGCUGGUCUUGAAAUUAUUUGCCAAAGCUGGCAAAAAGAAAUAUUAGUAUCACUAUAAAUCUAUCCCAAUUUAUAAAACGAUCAAAUUAUUGAAAGAAUGCUGCCAAGAACACAUACAAGGGGAGAUAACUCUAAAGCAAGGGGGUUAAUCAAAGGGGCUGGUCAGUAGCGUGAUGAAAUAAUCAUGAUUAUAUAUAAUUCAUAGUAUCUUAAAAAAUGAGAAACAAAUUAUUGUACUUGUGUUUAGCAGCAAGCAUCUCACAUGUAUCUACUGAACCCUACUUGUAUGAUAUUACAAAGAUAUAAUAUAUAGUUGUAAGAUAAACAUUUCCAUACAUUGUGCUUAACUUUGAAAGUGAAGAUGGUAUAUGCUGAUUUUUUUGAUUUGAGAAUUAUUUUUCUCAAAAUAACAUCAAUUGCCCUGGAAUUUUGAAUUUUGAAUGGAUUUAAAUAGUCAUCUGUCUUUCGAUGGUUAAUGUAGAUAUCUUAGUUUAAAUAUCUAUCUAUAUAUAUAUAUGCAGUAAACAAUUAAAGGAGCUAUGUUGAUAUAGGUUGAUAUUGGUAAGUUAGUACAAAAGUUAAAAAAUGUAUGUUUUUGUGAUGUUAAAAGUUAGAAUUGUACAUUGUGGGUGAGAUGUGUUGUAAAUUUUAUGAAUGUUUAUGUGUAUUGUGAUUAUAAUUCAAAUAGCAAUCACUUAGAAAAAGGGUAUACUAUAAUAUAUAUUAUAUAACUUCCUGUGAAAUAAACAAAAUGUUUUCCAGAAACAAAAUUAAUGUCUUUCUACAAAUGGAAUGUCACCGACUUUGCUUACCCCUUUAAUACUUUACUGGUAAUAUCAGCAGUAAAUUUGAAUGUUGUUGGCUCAAAAUUGUAAUGGAAUCCCUCAGUAAUGGAUUCAGAUUCAUUUUGAAAAGAUGAUAGCUUUACAGAUUUGUUAAAAUGUAACUCUUUACAGAAAAUAAAAUAUGCAUCAGUUGAUUAGGUGACACCUCAAGAUUUUACUUUAAUUUAUGAAGUACUGUAUAUGGAAAUUAUGUUUUGUUUAUUUCACUAGAAUGUGCCUGACACUCUACAUCUAGUACUUACUGUAUGGUAGAAUACGGUCGCUCAUCAAGGGUUGCAUGUGAUUUCAAAUAUCUAGCCUCCACCUCCUGGGUAAAUAUCAAUGAAUUUCGCCCUGAUACAGUUGCUAAAAACCUUUCAAAUUUUUUGAAAUAUCAAUAAAUAUCAAAAUACAUUUAAAAGAUCUAGUCCCAGAUUUUAGUUAAUGGUAGAUCCAUAUAAAUUCCAUAACAAAAAUAUGAUUUUGGAUAAAUUAGUCUGAAAUUAUUGUCACUACAAUUUCAUAUUAAAGUGGUAAACAUUUCAACUUUUAAGAAAAAAAAUUAAAAUUCAGCGGACGGGUAGAAGUUUUAUUCUGUUUGUAGUGAGAGAUAAAGAAAAUCGUUGAACGUUUACAACAAGAGAAUGAGGGGUUGCAGAUAGUUCGAAGCUAACCGAUCAUUCAACAUUAGAUUGUAUACAUGUAUAUAUAGAUAUAUACAUUGUCGUGUCAAUUUCACAUUUAAUAUACACUGUAUCAAGUAUUAUUGUUCAUUUACAUUGUCUUGUUAUGAAGUUUGUUUUGAAAUGUGAUCUGGGUUCGAACCUGCUGGGUAUUUAAUGAAAGGAUCAAGAAUUUUAUAAAUUCGAUAGUCAUUAAUAUUUAUGUUUUAUAAUUUGUUUCAGUUUGAGUACUGGAAAUUGUGCUGAAAAUCAAAUGAUUUACAAUCAUUUGUAUUCACAUUUUCAAAUUGGAGUGUGAAUUUCUAAUCUGGAUGUGAUUAAAAUAUUAUAUCAAUA